AUGGCGUCGCGUUGGGCAGACGAUGAGGCGGACAAGGCAGAGGCUCAGCGCCGGAAAAAAGAGAAGGAAGAGAAGAAGCGCCUCAAGCUCCAGAAGCAACAAGCCGAGCAAGAAGCUGCCGCUGCUGCUGCACGAGAAAGAGAAGUUGAAUCACGUCCAGCAAAGCGUCGAAGACUCUCCAACGACACCGGCUCCCAAGAUGUUGCUCCCGCAGAGACACCAGCGGAACGGCCGCUUCUACGCUUCGACGGCGGCGGCUGGGGACCAUGCCGACACGUUUCCAACUUCGAGACCCUGAACCAUAUCGAAGAAGGCUCCUACGGCUGGGUAUCUCGCGCCCGUGAGAUCUCCACCGGCUCCGUUGUCGCGCUCAAGAAGGUCAAAAUGGACUACCAACAGCAAGACGGCUUCCCAAUCACCGCCCUCCGCGAAAUCACUAUCCUCCAACGCGCCCGCCACAAGAACAUCGUCCACCUACAUGAAGUGCUCUCCGGCUCGGACCCCUCUGAAGUCGUCCUCGUCAUGGAGUUCCUCGAGCACGACCUCAAGACGCUGCAGGAAGACAUGCCCGAGCCAUUCCUCGCGUCGGAAGUCAAAACGCUGCUAAAACAGCUCACAUCUGCGCUUUCAUUUUUGCACUCAAAUCACAUCCUCCACCGAGAUCUAAAAACUUCCAACAUCCUACUGAGCAACCACGGCCAUCUCAAGAUCGCCGACUUCGGCAUGGCGCGCUACAUACCGCCACCAGACGCGCGCCUCACACAGCUCGUAGUCACGCUGUGGUACCGCGCUCCCGAACUCCUCCUCGGCACCGAGACCUACAGCACGGAAAUCGACAUGUGGAGUCUGGGCUGCAUAUUCGGCGAGCUCCUCCUCAAAGAGCCCCUCCUGCAGGGCAAGAAUGAAGUCGACGAACUAACCCGCAUAUUCGCGCUCUGCGGGCUUCCCACCGAGCGCAGCUGGCCCGAAUUCUGGCGCCUUCCCAACGCGAAGGGCCUCAAGAUCCCACGGGACUCGGGCGCAAAGAGCGGCGGCGUGAUACGGACGAAGUUUCCAUUCUUGACGAACGCGGGUGCAGACCUACUCAUGAGUCUGCUGUCGCUGAACCCGGAGCAUAGACUCAGCGCAGACGAGGUGCUAGAGCACGCGUACUUUAGGGAGCAGCCGAAGCCGAAGCCCAUGGAGAUGUUCCCCACGUUCCCGAGCAAGGCGGGGCAGGAGAAGAGGCGGAAGAGGAGUCCGAAUGCGCCCAAGAGAGGGGAGGCGCCGGGAUUGCAGAAUGUCGAUUUUAGCGGCAUCUUUGCGAAUAGGGAGGAGGAGCAGGCGGGCGCAGGGUUUCAAUUGAGAGUAGCUUGA